UGUGAGGUUAGUGGUUAUCUGUUUCUGGAAAUGUCACUGAGGGACAAUAUAUACCAGAGUAGUUUAACCUCUUUGUUGGGUAAAUACCGUAAAGAAAUUGUUCAAGAGAAGAUUUAUGAACAUCAAGUCUGUCGUUCAGCAGUGAUUAGAGUGUAUAAACUAGAAGGUGGUGUUCUUUGGUCCCAUGUCUAUUCUCUUAUGGUGAUAUUCUUCAUUGUUAAGAGGUAUGAUUUACUUGAAAUAUUUAUGAUUUUCACUGAGCAGAUUUCUCAAAUAAUUGCUAACAUGGGUAAGGAAAGUUCGAAAGUCAGGAUUGAUGAAUACUUAUCCAUUAUCAUCAUAUUUGAUCGAGGAAAGUUGUUAUAUGAUACAAGUAGUAGUGGUUACGAACUGGAGAAUCGUGUCAGCCAUACUAUGCUCCUCGUAUGGAAAGGGAAACUAAAGAGCGAAAAUUUUCUCUGUUAUCCUUGUUGUUGCUUUUUCGAUCUCAGAGCUCAAUGCAUAAAUCCACUUUCGUUCAAUAUUUCAGGUGUGCACUCUCAUGGGUUAUUUCGUGUGUAUCUUCAUUUUUCUGUUUAUCAACUGCUGCAGCUAGGUCCUGAUGGUGAUGUUUGUUUUUAUCGAUUUUCUACCCAAUUGCUUAAAAUCUUGAUUUCAGAUAGUGAUCAGGUAGAGUUCCAUGUUUUUUCUCUUGUGGUGAGUCUUACAAAUCUCAUAAGAAGCCCUAUCAAGCUUCUAAGAAUGCGUUUAAAUUUAGUGAAAAUGCCACAGAUAGGUGGUAUUCUCGGUUAUAGUUAUGGUCCAAGGAUGUUUGACCGUGGUAAAGAUUGUGGAAUAUGUAGAAGUGGGAAUUAUGUUUAUGAUCUAACUCUGGAAUCUGGGUACUGCUCUGAAUUGUUACUUGACUAUUUGUGUGUCUUUUUGUUGGGUAUAUAUGGUGAUACUCAUAAUGCUAGUGUAUUUGGUGGUGAAAUGACGCAGAUAGGCAAUGCUCACAUGGCUAUAUUGAGACUCCAAUUGACAAGGGACAUCGUGUUACUUCUAUAAGUACAGCCUCGGGUUAGAUAUCUCAAAUUUUGCUGGAGAUUUCGAGUCCUUCCCAAGUCAUGAGUGGCAACAAUUGUACUGGGUUACAGCACGCAGGAGCUGUAAAAAGUACCUUAUAGUAGCAGCUGAGUAUUUUCUUGGCACUACCCAACAUCUUUUUAAGAAACUGCGGACCUCCACACCUGAUGGGUCAUCAAAACAAGAUGGAGAUGAGAAUCUCAACUCCAUGGAUAUGAUACACAGUUCGCAAGGGGUAACGAUAGUUCUUGUUAUCACAUUACAUGGAUUUCCUGCAUACACUCCGUACAUCAAAGAUUGUAUACUUCUUAUAAGGUUUUGGAUGGAAGUAUUCACCACAGUAGCUGCUACAUUACAAGUCAUCACAUGUCAUCACUCUCGUACCGCUGGCCUAAGGGGGGAAAUGAAUAUACCCAUCUCACACAAUGGCCUGGAGACGAUUAUGUCAGCAAGCCUCUGUGGAAUUUUUCGAGUGUUUGAUUUUGUGUACACAGGUUCAGGAAUGACUCUGGGAAAUAAUCUAUCUCAGUUUCCACAUAACCACAAUUUUGCUAAAAAGGGGUACAAGCAGCUGAAGACAAACAAGGAAGAAGUUAUCUUCCCAAGAAAAGAGUUGCAGGUGAUAGUUCUUGUGUUCGUGGAGAUGGCAAGUUUAAGACUACAUGUUCGCACACAAGUUCAUUGCAGAGAAGAUAACAUGAAGAUGCUUGUUUAUGCCUCAAUGGGUAGUAGAGAAAGUCAUCUUAUGCUGAAAGAUACCCAUAUAGUCAUUUGUAAUCCUAUUUGGAAAGUGUUAUUCGUAGCUGCAAGUGGUGUCAUUACUAGUAUACACCCAGACUUCAGUUGUGAAGUUACAAGGCAUGUUUACUACGGGGAAAUGAUUCCAGGCUCAAGUUCAUUGAUUAUUGUUGAAGGAGACUUGCAUCAAGUCGAUUGCUACAGUUACACGAAAGAAUUCAGCUUGUUAUGGGCCUUAUUGUCGAAGUUAUGGAAACUGCAUUCAUGUCUUUUACGGCGUUGGAGAAGGAGCUGCAACAACUGUGUUCCGGGGUCGAGAUCAUUUCAUAUCUUUGAGGACAAGGUUAAUUUGAAGGGGUGGGAAUUUUUCAUGUCCCGGUUAAGGGCUGACCACUUACUAAGGGAAGAUAGUAUGUUAGUAAGUGUAGUAGUAGUCAUACGAGUGGAACGUGCCAGUGCAAUAGUCCUUUUCUCUUUAUAACCUUGAGUUCCUGUAAUUGAAAAUAUUAUCGAAAUAGAAAUUGUUGUUUGGUUUA